CCAGCGUACAGGGGCUUCGCUCUCGCGAUGCUACCAUCGAUUCCGCCACUCAUCCUCCUUAUUUGGACGGUGCGUGGAAGACUUAUCACUCACGACGAGUCCACUAUUGUGCCCUGGGCCACGUGCCCGGAAGGUACGCCUCCGGAUGAGUGUGCAACGGGAAUCUUGGAUGAAGGUAUUUUCUCUAGAGGUUUUUGCGACCAGAUAAAACAAAACUGUGUCCUCACGUAGAGUGAGUACUUGGCAACUAGCACACCAGGCAAUUCAUAACUAGUGGAUAUUCAUUAUGUGUGCUCAUGGCCGUAGAACAAGGAUAGAUAUUGAGGCGGAACAACUUUUAGUGAAUUUAUAAAAGAAUUUCAAUUUUGUAUUUGCAUCGCGUUUGAAAAAGAAAGAUUGAAUGACAAGAUGCCCAGCAGAUUACUAGUUGUAGCUGCAGCACAACAGGAAGUUGACAAAAACAGGUACGCCCUUCUCGGCUGGAGAUAGUACGUGGGAUCCAGAAACUGCAUUAACACAGAAGACGUUCGGUGAGCGUCGCACGGGUCGUUCCGGCGUGUGCCUCAUCGCUAUGGGCGCUUACUUGGUGAUCAUUUCGCUGAGGUGUUUCAUCCCCACAACAGUGUCGAAGUUUUACGCCGACGACGCGCCACAAGCGGAGGCCGCAAUAAGUUUGCUCACAAAGUCAGUGGCAGGUAUGAUGGGAACGCGGGGAGCAAACGUCAGGAAAGUGCAAAAGGCAAGUGAAAUAGACGAUAAAUUAAGGGUUAGCACAUUACAUCCCGAACUAACAUUCUUGACCUUUUUUCAUGUAGAAAAUAGGCCAAGGUGGAUGUUCUUACGAAGAAUGUAAUACGGCAACCACGUUUAAAUAAAGCACGUCGUGUGGGCGGAAAUUUGUAUUCAGAACAAGCCGAUGGCGACGACGACGAGCGGAACUUGCCUAUUUUUACCCCCUACAUUUGGAAGCGGAGUUGCACUGCUCUCAUGAUGUUUGGAAACGGGCUGCUCAUGACCAUGUUCAUCGAGUUCUCCUUCUCCGAAUUUUUCAUGAAGAACGUGUGGCUCAUGCAGGUCAUUAUCUACCUCGUGCGCCUCAUCGAUUAUGGCACGGGCUUCUCGGAGGUGGAUAGUUUUUUGAUUUUGGGGAUGAUUGAUCCUAGUGAAUGAUGCAAACCGACUGAUUUUCGUGGCGACGAUUUAACUUGACUAACAACAGUUUUGAGAAAGGUGCAGGAACUAAGAGUGGAUAAACAGAUACCAGGUCACUCAAUGUCGCGAACAUUGAGACCUAUGUCGUAAUACCAGUGGCCUCUAACUCGAGCAAACAGUUUACGCCCAGUUUAUGCAGGAAGGUUUGAUCUUAGUGCCUAUCAACGCGGUGAUUUCUACGGUUUCGAACUUGACCACACUUGCCGCAGAGGACCUUCUUCAGUUCAUGAUGGCAUUUUUCGUGAGCAUUGCCUUGCAGGCCAUAGACCGGCUUUACAUGUCUUCGAAUCAAGACUUCUUCUACGAGCAGUUGGUGGCGGGCCUUGCGCGAGCGCGCGCAGGGUAUAAAUGGCUAACGAGUGGAGCGCGGCACGUCGAUGUCGAUCACGUCCUGGACCAACUUGACGUGGCACUCAGCUCCGACGAUGAGGCAACGAACACGAAUCAUUAUGAAGAGCAGAAGAGGAAGAGGUUUCAGUUGAUAAUUGGAGAAAUGAUCGUUGGAGGCAUUUUUUGAGAAGAUGCUUACAUACUUACAAAAUUUGCAGGAUGUCUGUGAUUGGCACAUGGAUCUGAUUGUCUCAUGAGUGUGUAAGUAGGCUUUUUUAGGGUUAGUGUUCCACUGGGCGGCAUAUUGUUGGCAUAUUGUCCAUGCCAUUUUGACCAUUUCUUCUUCAUGAUACGAACAUGGACCCGAGCAAGGCCGUUUCCCUGAACAAGAGCGAAGCCGGAGCGCAGCCUGAAGACAUGAUCGCAUUCAUGACCGGGUACUCGACAGAUCUGGUUUCCACAUUCCUGCUGCCGCUCUUCAUCGUUUUAGUGUGGUUCAUGUACGAGGAGUCGCAGAUUUUGGCUCGCUACAACUUGCGUGUCGAUGCGACAUGGGAAUACAUCAACUUCUACGCCGUCGUGGUCUUCUUCAACCACGCAGUAGUUAUGAAUGAAAAUAGUCGUAGAGAUAUUGUUUGAGCACGUACCCGACGCUGCGAUGAAUCAAUGUGAUUCGGGAAAUGCAGUUAAGUCUUCAUCUUUUCAGAGCUCGGUCACAUACAGGUAGAUGGUCAAGAUGGAUCUUUCAACCUACAAAUAUAUAUCACCUAGCCAUCGCGUCUACUGUCCACCCACGCCAACUACUACAACACCUUCCUCUCGCUUUCAUUCUUUAUAUCCUGUGUAUGAACACGCUGGAGCUCUUUCACGGUUGGAGACUGUGUGACUACUUCGAGUUCUGCGCUUACCGAUUCACCUCUAGGCCUGUCCGAUGGAAGGGUCUCGGGGAGACCAUAGACGAGACCGUGGCACCCUCACUGCGCACCGUAGAUUUGGCCUGCUUCUUAUGAGUCGGCAAGGAAUGGAUUUUACUCAAUGAACAGGAUGUAAAAUAAAGGAAAAGGUUUGUUCAAUACGUUUCUGUUUAGUACCACGGGAGGUCUGGCAGAGACUGUAAGAAGAAACAAACGAACCCCUCAACAUCAAGUGUUUAAUGUGAGCAAUCGCGAAGUCGAGGCACCCUAUCCCAUCCCAUCGCUAUCGCUAUUGCCAUCGCUUUUUCUGUUUUCAUAUUGUUCGGAGCAGUACUACUUUAUGAAUUUUAUCGCGACUUUGGGCAUGUUAACGUACAUUCUUGGGUUCCAGAUCAUCCUCCAAAACGACUGGAACGCUUUCUCGGAUCCCGGUUCAUCGUUGACCCUUCUUCUCACUCUGCUCUUCUGCAAAGUUUUCCACAAGGUACUACUUAUUUGGCGUAAUUGUAAUUCAUCUACUAUUAAAGUAUGAGUACGUAAGUGGGAUCAUGUAGGAGGAAUUGUGGUUCCACCAUUUUUUAUGUGGGAGCUUGUUAAGGAACUCUUGUUCUUUUACCUCUUCACGAGCCUUCCAUCUUGUUGUUCAAGAUCAACAAAUCAUACACCCGCUUAUUCCCGCUCGUUGCAGGUCAUCUCAACAAUCGCGGACUACCUAGAGAUAUGGUACGUCCCGCAUACGGACAUGGAACUAAACCUGUUGCGAGGUUAUGUCGAUAUCCGAGGCCUGGAUGAGGAGCUGCGGGAUCAAGAAUCUGAUUUUAAUUAUGAACGGAGCGAAAAUACAUACUACUCUGUUCGAUGAAGGCAUGUACUGAACUAAGUGAAAAAAGUCAGUGAAGUGGAAAGCAGUAAUACUUAGACGUGUUGUGGACUUCCUUUUUCACUGACGCCUCCCGUGUCUAAUCCAGCCAGAACAAGAAGAUCAUUCGUCCUCCAGCGUGGAGUGUGCUGCAUGAUUGGAAGCCACCACAUGCUUCUGAUGUACUUUUAUGGGUUACCGAAUUACAUUCCGCACUACCGUCCUCAGCUCUUUUCCUAGUGGAAAAGAAGCCGCGGAUGUUCUGAGGAAUGUAUUUCGCCAAUCUCUAAAACUUGGUCUAGACCGGUACCGCACAGCAUUUGUGCAGGAGAAUCAGUUGUGGUUACAGCACGUCUUUGCCGACCUCUUGGAUGAACAAACCACUUUGAAGUACAGGCGAACUCUGCUGAAGAGCUUUACAAAGAUUCUUUUAUGAGCAGGAAUAUAAUGACGAGUACGUAGAGUCGAUUCUGUGUAGUUUGCGGAGAAUUUCUACGACCACCGUGCCUUGUAUUCAAUCUCCUGCACAGACUUUAGUCCUUGUGCAGAAUAUUAUUCAGUCACUGGUGGUGGUGAGACCGUGCCUGCUGUCGUCUGUACACCAGAGGACAUCUUCUUUAUAUCGCGAUUUUCAUUGAUGUCGCUCACCAAGAAGACAAUAUUGUUUUUAAUAGAAGUACCUUUUCGCCUGUUGUCUAAUUGCUGGUGAAAUCGAACCUCAGUACUACUCGCCGUUCGGGGUACCUCCGAAAAUGGUGCAUGGAGAAAUCGUGGUGCCAUCUCUACAGCAAGCGCAACAGAGCGAAAGCGGAUUCGAGUUCGAUGCGCCACCACCUCAGGAAAUCGUAGCCCAACAAGUAUCGAGACGGAAGUUUAAUAUGACAGAAACCAUAGGCCAGGAAAUCCUACGACAGUGGUUGCAGAGAGCAAGGUAAAAAAGACGCUUAUUUUUUUGGGAGACUCAAACAUCUCGAAAUGCAGUGCACUUUCCACUCUCAAGAACGCGCCUACCACUUCUACUACUCCUCCUGCUCCUACGCCUCCCACUACUCCUCCCGCUACUACUCCUACUCCUCCUACGCCUCCCCCUAGUCCUCCCACAACUGCUCCUACUCCCAGUCCUCCUCCUCCUCCUGAUCCUCCUACCCCUCCUACUCCUCCUACUCAUCCUACUCCUACUUAGUAUUUUUUGCUGAAGAUAGAGAUAGUAGAAACGAUGACGGGCACAUGAGUGCGUCAUUCAGUAUUGGCUUCAUUAGAAAUAGUAAAGUGCUUCAAGCCUUCUAUGUCUUCUCGGCACUACUUUUCUCGCGCUUAUCAAGUUGGAGUUUCGGAGUCAUCCGGUGCAAUAGAGACAUAGUCUCACUACUGCAUGCCAAUUGAUGCAGGUUUCUCGCUUGGCUCGAGGACGUUUCUUCGCACCUUACCCCGCACUCUUAUCACAAGAAGGACAUUUGCGAGUUGUGCAAGAGCGACUUCGAUUUGAGCGUCGUGCCCGUCUAUAACAUGACCCAUUUGGGCAGUUUGUACAGGCUGCAGAGGGAUCACUCGCCAAUCUUUAACGUGCGCAUGUGGACGCACUUCUACAAAACCUUCACGCCCACGUGCACAGUAUGUCAAAAGUGCGCGAGCUACUAUCGGGAAAGAAAUUUAGAUAUAACAGUAGACGAGAGGCGCUUCAUGCGAAUGGCGGCAACGGAAGAAAUGACCAGCCAUGCUAUGCUCCAGAAAUCUGCCAAUGAACUCUCAGUCGUUGACGGAAUGACCAGGAAACUUGUACUUGUUUUUUUCUGACCACAUCACACUGGACUAACUUGUACUUACUCUUCUCAUCUAAGUUUGGUGUUAUGUUGAUAAGUUUUAACCCUCUUUUUUUAUCUUUUCAGUGACAUGCAGGUGCAGCAACAAAAGCAUUCUUUUAGCAGGCUACCGAUGACCUCCUGCACGACCGCAACACAAAUGAUUUAAAUCCAUUUCUUUGCUUUCUUUACCUAGGUUGAGCUGUGGUACGAAUGGGCGCGACGACUUACCAUAGGAGAGCCAGCGGAGACCUUCUUGCCGAAGUGGGGCUUCGAAGCGCCCAAGAGGAUGGGCCACAUCGAUGCGUUGGCUGGUGCUGAUACGAAGGCGCUUCUUGCAGCAGAGAAACAGUCAGACGACGAAGAGGCAGGCAUGAACGAGGAAGACCGCGCAGCGGAGCGUGAACGACAACGCAAGAAUUAUGAACAGGAAGAUGUUGUUCUUGUGACUGUUUAUAUGCGGCAUGUUGAGAGGAGAUAAUUGCUAUAACCUAUAUAUCUAUGAAACUAUGCGAUGUAAAAUGCCUAUCAUGGGGCGGCCUCUGUGUCUCUGUGUAGGCUUUUUCUCAAACUUGACCUGGGAGGGGUAGACGUUAGACGAGAUGGAUGACCAUGACCAGGAGGAGCGCAGCUCUUGCACUUUGAAUUCACUUCGUCUCAGCUCUCAGACGAGAUAGAAAGUGUAAGUCCGUGGCAUCCUCAUGUGUCUAAUUCCCGAAGCUCCGCGAGGAGUGGUCGAGCAGUUCGGAUGAGGAGGACGAGGCGCGGCGCAUGCCGGGAGAGGUGAUGUUCCCUCGUGUGGACGUAAGUGCGCAGGUAGCGGCGAUCACGCGAUUGUGGUUGGAUCUCGCCAGACGAAAUCUGCGACACCCUGUGCUCUCAGAUUGGAUAGAAAAUGUGAACGAGUCUAUGCCAAUCGAGAUGGCACGUCCAGCAGGCUUCCGACAGCGCUCCCAGUAUGUCGCGGUAUCAACCAUCCUAGACCGCAUGCAGCAAGGUGGAUAAAGCAGAGCGCGAAAAAACGUAGGGGUGGACGAGAAAAACUAUAGGCGAGUACAGCUCGUACAGUAUAACUUUAUCACGGAGGAAGUCGAGUUAUGUUCUUUUGAGUGGUUAUCGUUGUGUUAGAAUUUUUGAUUUAUGACGGUUACAAUAAGAAUAUCUGUUGUAGAGGUUUACCUCGUUCGGGUAUAUUUCGAUUGUAUUGUGUCACAUUGCUAUUGGAAUCUAGUAUAGACUGUAAAAUUGUUUGAUGGUGUUGGUCUAGUUGGUGCACCCUGACUGAUAAUGAAGAUAUAUGCUAACGCUUAUUCCCUUUUCUGUAUGCUAUCCUACGUACUAUGAUGUAAAAUUAUUAGCAGCAACUCGAUGGAUUUUGUAGGAGCAGCACUGCUGUUGUCAUAUCUAAAUAGACAUUGGACUAUGUAUCAUUCUACGAAUUUUGGUUUUUAGCUACAUCAAAGUAUUUUAUGUUUGUCAACUUUUGAUGUUUGUCAUGUUGUAAUCUAAAUCUUGGUGAUUAACUCAACAUGAUCACUCUCUCAUCCAUUGUGAUGUCAUAAAAAGAGAUCUACUUUACUAGACAACUUUCAUUUUGGAGAUUCGUGAAUGUCUGUGUAUAGAUUCGUAGGUUGGAUUUUUGUAGGAAGUACGGUGGCGAUGGUCGAGAGACCUACGUUCAAGGUAGCGGUAGUGAGGUGAAAAUCGUAACUACUGAUCGUUGUAGCAGAAAAUUGGUAACUGAUUCCUUCUCUGUACAUUUCUAGAUCUCGUUGAAAUUAGCAAGAUGAUAUUAGAACCCGUUAUAUCUAUGUAUUUGAUACUUUUUACAUGAGCAGUCGUGGCUUGCUGAACGAUUUCCGAUUCAUUGACCUCCUGGAAAUUUGUCCUAGUCGUACCGUCCUAACAGCUCUAGCAAGUCCGAGCUAAGGUUUUUGAUAUUUCGUAUCUACUAGCUACUAUGAUUGAGUAAAGUCGUAAAUUGUUAAUGGAAAUUGUCUAAGUUCGUCCAAGAAAGCAUGGUCACUGUCAAACGAUAAUCCUAUGAGCACUUAUUGAAGAAGUAACCAAGAGCGAAGCUGGAGAAAAGGACCAGAAAGGCUAAAAAAGCUUACAGGUGUUGCAACGUCUUGUAGAGAACAAAGAGUACAGAUUCCAUGUGCAAAGCAAGAUUAGAAGCAAUAGCGGAGAGACUCGUGACGUCGGUGCACGUGGCGUCCCUGACGCGUUCGUAGGCAAUUAUUGCACCAUAGUAGAAGGAGGUUGAGGGACUCCACCCGUUGCCGGCAGGCACACCGGAUAACACUAGGAUCACCCUUCCGGCGGUCUUAACCUACAAAAGAAACGAUCGAGGCCAUUCCCAUUGAGCUUGAACUUGAGCAGCCACAAAAUAGUUUAAUGGGGAGGCCUGAAGAGCACUUACGUUGCCGGCCGUAGUGUUGGACGGUAUUACACGCGAGCGCUCGAAGUCGCGCGCGACCUGGUAGGCGCUGCGCGCAACUGGUUGACGGAUCUCUGGCAGGGCCAUAGCUCCCGCAUGUUAACGAUCACAAACACGAUGAGCGUUAGUCGGUACUGGAUGGCAUUCCCAUUCGGUAGGCCACGAACGCUGAGGAUUAGACUUUUAUGUCACAAAUGUCGUAAAGUGUGAAAGCGAUUGGCUUGAUGAACCCAGUUCUUGUUUACCCUCCGCAAACGACCGCAGUCUCUAAAAAGCGAGAAAAUGAAUAUGCUGUAGCUGUGACGCCAUUGCUGAAAAGAUCGUAGUACAAUUUCAAAUGUGUGAUUCGUGUAAGCCGCGACAUGAUGGAGCAGAAUAAAGGACAAAUAAUUAGACUGCAUUCUCUAAAUUCGUGAAGUCAUUUUCCAAAUCAAAGUCAUUUUCGAGACCAGGAUUAAGUAGUAGGUUCUUGCUUCGAAGGUGUGUUUUCUACGUUUCCGAACGCCCUUUUGACAUCGAACGAUGUCCAUCGGCGAGAACGGACUCGGGUCAAUUUUAUGAGGACAACACAUGAGACCUAAGAAUUUUCCUGUCAGAGAAGCUUUUCAGUUGGCGCAUUGCGUGUUGUGACUUUUUCGAUAACGAAAGAGAAUAGGCGAAAGCUUCGAUAACAAACAGAGCUAGUGGCUAGAUCUGUCACAUUGGCGGACUGCUGAAACCGAGAAGGGUGGAAGAGUAUAGCAGAAGGAAGCGCGAGCAGCGCCGUCGCCCUCGCAACAACGAGGAGCGCCACGGCCGAAACAGCGGAUCACCCUCACAACUUCAACAUCAGCGACAUUCGUAGAACUCAAAAGAGUUUCAGGGAAGUCGUAGGCCCCACGCGAAUCGACUAACGUCAUCAGUUCGAGUUCAAAAAGCGUGCAUGUUCCACUGUCUUUGUUCUGUCCUUGUCGAUCGAGACUUGUGCGUAAUGAGAAAUGCUGUAGUUCAUCGAGACGUCAUCCCUGUGUCGACAACUGAUCUUUUGAUGUCAGGGCGUUUGCUUCAUACCACGGGUCACAUUAAAACGUCUAGAAUCUUCUCUAUGAAGCCUAUAUUAAGCAAAGAUGUUCCCAUGCAUGUUGCAGAGUAGAUUCGGGUCAUCGUUAUGAUCAAGCAAACAAAUCAAUGUUUCAAUUCAA